ACUUGUCCUGUGCCGCUUUAACCCAGCGGGAUGCUGCAGAAAGCAGCUUUGAAUAAAACUCUGAGCAGGUCUGAGUUGAGGCAAACAUCUGAUCUAUUUGAUUUCAUCGAGACCAUCAGGAACAUCUGCUUUAUUCUGCUGGUCCUGAAUUACCCCGAGUUUAGGGAAAACUCUGGAGUUCUCCUUCCAGAAAGAGGAAACCAGCCACUGGCAAUGUAAUGUUAGCAGAUAGUUUCGAUUUUGGGGAUGAACUUCUCGCUUUCUGGAAUGGAGAUGCUUCCCUAAAGUCCGGAUUACAAGGUUCAUACACAUUCUGGAAAAGUAUGGAAAUUAGGGAUUCAAGUGAUCAAUGAAUGAGUUAAUCUAAAGGAUGGACCUUGCCAGCAGGCUGAUGAUAUGGCAGGAGCUGGCUCAGAGCUGUGGCAUCGCUACUUUACAGCAGAGCGUCCAGCAGCUAUGGAGGCUGCUUCUACUCUGUCUCAUCUGCAGAGUCUGCUUCAGGCUGGGAGUUUCAUCGACUGUGAAGCACGUCAUGUCCAUGUUGACUGGGAUGUAUGGCCUGUUCCUUUUCUUGGAGCUCCACAUGCUGUGGGUGCUGCUGCUCAGCCUUAUCUGUUACCUGAGUCUCCUGCUCUGCAGACACUCCAGCAGCAAAGGCCUCUUCCUCUCAGCUGUUAUCCUUGUCUACCUGCUCAUUGGAGAGUUGCAUUUUAUCGAUAUGGGAACCUGGAAUAAAAUACGAGGCUCACAGAUGGUGGUGGCCAUGAAGGUGAUCUCGCUGGCCUUUGAGCAUGACAGAAGAGUCGUGACUAACCUGCCAUCCCCCGCUGAGUUCCUUGGCUAUGUUUUCUUUGUGGGUACUGUUGUCUUUGGGCCAUGGGUCAGCUUGUCCAGUUACAGAAAUGCACUUAAUGCACCAAAACUGAACUACUCGUGGCUGUACAGUUCCCUCCUUAGUCUUCUAAAAAGUCAGAUCUGUCUGCUGGUGUCUACCUGCAUCGCUCCAUAUCUUUUCCCUUUGUUCAUCCCAGUCUAUGGAAACUCUGUCACACAAAAGUGGCUGCAUGCUUAUGAGAAUGCUGUGUCCUUCCACUUCAGUAAUUACUUCGUGGGUCAUCUGAGUGAAGGCACCAGUAUGUUAGCUGGAGCAGGCUUCACAGAAGACAAAGACAAUGUCAAAUGGGAUAUGAGCAUAGUGAAACCUCUAAGUGUGGAAAUGCCUCGCUCCAUGGUGCUGGUGGUGAUUUCCUGGAAUAUUCCAAUGUCCCAGUGGUUAAAAACCUAUGUGUUUAAAACUGCCAUGAAACUGGGAACGUUCCCAGCAAUCCUGGUGACAUACACGGCCAGCGCCCUCCUGCAUGGCCUGAGUUUCCACCUGGCAGCUGUUCUGCUCACACUGGGAUUCAUCACAUAUGUCGAACACGUUCUGAGAAAGAGGCUUGCAUUUAUCCUUAGCGCCUGCAUCCUGUCCAGGCCCUGUGCGUCUGAUUGCAGCCAUCAACACAAGAAGAAUCUUUGGGUGCUGUUGCUGAAUCUAGUUUUCAGCCUGCUUGUCAUCUUCCAUCUUACCUACUUGGGCUCCAUGUUUGAUCCUGGAUCUGAUGAACAGGAAGUAGAAGAGGGUUACGCUGCCAUCCACACCAUACAGAGGUGGUCUGAACUGAACUGGGCGAGCCACUGGAUCAUUUUUGCUUGCUGGAUUUUCUAUCGUCUCAUUCAGUGACCUUAUUGUGGCAGAUUUAAAAGAAAUGUGCAAAAUUAAAACUAUUUUUUUAUACCAAA